AUGAGUGCACAUUAUAAAGCAACAAACAUUCAUGCACAAAACAACGUAGAAAGGCAUGGCCGCCGUGUGUGGCCAACUGAUCAUAUUUUGGUAUCUGUGCCAGUUUUCAGAGGAACAGCAGCAAGUUUUGUUCAAAUACGAAACGGUCGCGAUCGUUUUGAAGCGCAAAUUGACCUGGAAUAUUUCACGGCUUUUCGUCCGGAUGAAAUUGACGUGUCGGUCUGUGGGCACGAUUUACAAAUUUAUGCAGACCGAGAAAAUCCGAACAAUCCAAAUUAUUCCGCUCGCCGAUUAUCGCGUCAGUAUCGUCUCCCGGAAGACACGGACGUAAAUACGAUUAAUAUUUUACGCGAGAAGAGAAAUAUCGCAAUACGGAAAGCCGAUAUCGCUGGCAAUUGUGGACUUAACGAAGCAUCGACGACCAUACAUAAUUAUGAAAACAUUCAAGUGACCGUGGACCUGCAGUCCAAUCAGCUUUUGCUAAUUUAUGCACCAAUUUUGUAA